CAAUCAUUCACGCAUCGCGAAAACGGAGGUCUGGGGGUUUUGGCGGAGAUCGCAUCAGGGCUGUCCGUGGGGAUUUCCGGUGGGGAUUUCGGGUGGCCCCGUCCUCUCUUCGGACAAGGCCCGGCCUUGAUGCAUUAUAGAAGAAGAGACCCCUGGGGAUCCCGACCCGAUUCCGACCAUUUCGAUGCCUCUCGUUUGCUCCUCUCCCCCCUUCUCUCCUCUCCAGCCCCCACCUCGCCGAGAGGGAGAGAGACACAGAGAGAGAGAGAGAGAGAGAGAGAGAGAGAGUGGGAAUACAAAUAGGGAAAGAAGGGGAGCCAAAGGGAGCGUGGGAUAAAAAGAGGAGCUUCGACUUGGGUCAUUCCCAUAGUUUCCUUCAAUCCUAGAGCUCAGUCAUCAAGACAUGCUGCUUUAAAGGCAAGGAUAGAUUCCAUCUUUCGGUGGAAGAAAUGGAAGUUGUCAAAUAAAUCAUCAUUGCUAUGAAUAGAUAUCUCGCGUGAGGAAAUAUGGAAUUAUAAUCAACAUUCCAUCUAUGUGCAUAUCUCAUGUGUUGUUCAAAUGCCUGCAUUGACAAUGAAGAAUAAAUUAAGCAGCGAAUGUGUAAGACGACAUGGUCUCCAUGUAUGCCGCAAUUCAACUAAAAUAUCAAAAGAUUCAUGCUCUCAAGUUAAAACAUUGGAACAGGCAGCUGUAUUGGACACUUGUAUUCAAAAUCAUCAGGAUGGUUCUUCAAAUAUUGACAUAUCUGGACAGAACAUUGUGAUCACAGAAGCUAAAGAUUUCCAGAACAUAUUGGAUGAAGCCUCUACCCAUAUUCUGAAGGUGUCAUCAUUAUCUGCUCCUUUGUCAAUUGGACAAUUGGGUUUGCUAUCAGCGACAUGCCCAUGUAACAUGGAAACUAUUUUCUCUCAUAAUCUUGAGGACAAUGAUGCUCAGUUAAAACUGAUGAAUCAUAGUGAUGCAGUUAAAGAUGAGAAUUCUGAAUUGCCUCAUCUUGUUGCUGAUGAGAGUGAUGAUGGAAGUUGUAGUUCAAGUGAUUCUCAAACUUGCAGUGUAUUGAAUUUCUAUAGCUCUGAGAGUUUUCCUGCUUUACCCUUUGAUACUGAUAUGGGAUUUACAUAUGUCAUAAAUGCUGCUUGUUCUAGUCACGAGCUUACAAAUUCUGACAUAAUGAUUGAUAUGGCGGAGAGAUACAUGAUACUGCCUUUCCUAGAGAAAACAGCAGAAACCAGCAACAUUCAUGUUGAGGAGUCCGAAGAAACAAUGAUGAAUUCUGAUGAUGCAUGCUUGUAUCUAGCAAUUCACCAAAUGAAAUCAUCUGAUCAGGAAACUGAGAUAACUUGUUGUGGUGAUUUGGAUAAAAUUGAGUGCUUUGAUCCACAGUUGGCAUUUAGUAGUUUAGCUGAUUUACCUGAAGCACUUUCACCUGUUUGUCCUAUCUUGCUUCCAAAGGAAUUGCAGAAAACGAAGCCUAUUACCCUUGUACUUGAUUUGGACGAAACUCUUGUCCAUUCUACCUUGGAGCAUUGUGAUGAUGCUGACUUUACCUUUCCAGUCUUCCUUAACAUGAAACAACAUACCGUAUAUGUUAGAUGUAGGCCUCACCUGCAGCUGUUUCUGGAGAGGGUAGCUCAGAUAUUUGAGAUUGUCAUUUUCACAGCCAGUCAAAGUAUCUAUGCAGAACAGCUAUUGGAUAUACUGGAUCCAGAGAAAAAGUUGAUUUCACAGCGUAUUUAUCGUGAAUCAUGCAUAUUUUCUGAUGGCAGCUAUACAAAGGACCUGACUGUUUUAGGAGUUGAUUUGGCAAAAGUUGCCAUAAUCAACAAUUCUCCACAGGUUUUCCAGUUGCAAGUAAAUAAUGGGAUACCUAUUAAGAGUUGGUUUCAUGAUCCGCAAGACCAUGCAUUGCUUCAAUUACUUCCCUUCCUUGAGAGCCUGGCAGAUGCAGAUGAUGUCCGUCCCAUUAUUGCAAAGAAAUUUAGAAAUAAGGAAUGAUGACGUUUGUUGGGGAAGCCUUUUCCAGUUACAACUGAACAAUGGAUUACCUAUUAAGAGUAGGUUGGGUGAUCUUCAUACCAUGCACUGAUUUCAACCAUGGCCAGUGCAGGUGAUUUUCAUCCCAUUAUUGUGAAGAAACUCUGCAAUAAAAAGAAAAGGUGUUUGUUCAGACAACCAUGGGUUUAGUUCGUUGCCUCCUUUCACUUUCUACAGAAUCUCAUCCUUCAGAUGGUUGCUGAUGGUUGUAUAUAUGGAUGAUGACAAAGCUAACUGCCUAGAGUCCUAUUCCUUUGAUCUUAUUUUGGUCACGUAGGUGUGUAUGAGAAUAAUGUUCUUGCAUUAUUGGGUGCUCGGUUGGCUGAUAAAUGGACGUCGUUAAUAAUUCAUCUAUUAAUAAAUCAUGACUUGGUUGUAUCAGUCCACAGUAAUGGACUUAAUUUUAUGCAUUUUACUGCCAAGAGUUGUAUAUAAGUUGACUGGUGGUGCGCUCCUCCAGAGAAAAGGCAAAAAAGGUUGACUGCUGCCACUGUUCUAUAUUUCAUAUGAUGACCAUAAGAUGGAUGGUACAAACAAUGGAAUACCAAUAUUGAAGAGGGGCUGCUUGUAAGUAAAGGAGUAUAAGGAGGGCUCCACAUACCUCACACCUACACAAUCCGGGACCUAAAGUUCGGUUUCUGGUACAAUCACCGGGAGACUUUCCCCGAAAAAUUGGCUGGCAUCAUUAAAGAUAUUUGUUGCUUGGAGGUUUAAAUGUCAUUAUAAUCAACACUUUUACUUGUGGCGUCCAGGCUGUGUCUGUGCUUUUAAAUGGCUAAAUGCACAGGUAAUUGUAGAUCAUGUUAAUUAUAUGAUAUAAGAUUGAUGACUAUCUGAAUAAUCUGAUUGUGUUGGUGUA